UUGGCUCAGAACUUACAAAUGGAAGCGCUUGCUUUAACUUCUGUAACAUUUGCAACCGCCAUAUCCAACCUGAUUCCGGCCAUCACCUUCAUCUUGUCCUUCUUGUUUGGAAUGGAGAGAUUGAAUCUGAGAAAAGCAGCAGGAAAGGCAAAGAUAAUAGGAACAAUGACUGGAAUUAGCGGGGCAAUGUUGAUGACAUUCUAUAAAGGCGUAGAAGUUAAGAUGCUAUCCUUUCACAUUAACCUCUUCAAUCAGCGAAAUGGCGGCGGCUCGUCACAUGGUGGCGGAGGGUUAUUCUUGGUGGGUGCUGUGUCGUCGUUCUUCUUCAACGCGUCUUAUGCGUUGUGGCUGAUAAUUCAGGCGAAGAUGAGUAGCGCAUAUCCGUAUCCCUAUUCAAGCACUGCACUCAUGUGUUUUAUGGCCGCACUUCUAUCUGUUAUCUUCACAUUUUGUGUUGAGAGGGAUUUGAGUCAAUGGAAGUUAGGUUGGAAUGUCAGGCUACUCACUGUAGCUUACGCUGGUAUAGUGGUUUCGGGAGUGAUGGUGGCUGUGACAUCGUGGUGCCUACGCAUGAAAGGUCCAUUGUUUGUCUCUGUUUUUAGUCCUCUCAUGCUAGUGGUUGUUGCUUUUGCUGGAUCCACCAUUCUUGAUGAGAAGCUAUAUCUUGGAAGCAUAAUUGGAUCGUUGUUGAUUGUGUGUGGCUUAUACCUGGUUCUGUGGGGUAAAAACAAAGAGAUUAUGAAAAAUCAACUAGUGCCAAUAUGCCAUCAAUAG